AUGAAUUUUGAAAACCAAACAGAGAUUAAUAUCGACGAUGAAAAAACUCGUUUUCUCUUUGAUCCAUGGUUCUGUAUUGAAAUACCAAACAGUUAUGCUGGAGGUAAACAUAAGAUGUUCAACCAGGGUGAUUAUCCACCAAGUUUAUUACACUCAAAUAUUGACACUUUAAGAAAUGGAGCAGUUUUAAGAUCGUUAUCAAAUUGUCCUGGUUUAAAGUCUAACCAUCGGCCACCUAGCCGUUCUGGUCUCAUAAUAGCUCGACAGAUCAUUGGCGAGAAUGCAAAUAUAGAAGGUUUUAGCAUUAAAUAUUCCCUCGAUAAAGUUGUUCCAAAACCAAGUUGGUGGUUUGGAUUAUUACCGUAUGAAAGAUAUUCAGUUAAGUUUUUCACCAAUCGCUCAAAUCUAAUGAUAGCACAGCUUAUUGGAGGUAUACGGGUUAAGAUUAGACACAUUUAUUGGAAAUCUAGAAUGAACUUUAUUUACCCUUUAAGGCUUAUCAAAGAUAACAUCUAUGAAAAGAUUGAUGGUUAUUUACAACAAAAGCUUAAUGAUGCUUCUUUUGCGUUGAAAAAACUCAUACCACCUAAAACAAAGUUUGACCUUUUCAGUCUUGGUGAUAAACCAUCAAUGUUAGGACCUUUCCCGAUAGAAAUCUGGUUAAAGAUCAUUGAACAAUCAAAUAUUGGCAAGAAAAAAGCAGUUAAUAUGAUCUAUAACUCUAUGUGGAUUGACCUUAUAGCACCAAUAUUAUAUACUAAUAUCCAUUGUUUCUUAUCUAUUAGAGAUACAUCGAUGUUGAGAAUCAAGGAUCAUGAUUUCGUUCACAGUGGUCCAAGUUUGGUCGAUUAUGGAUACAGCGAUUACAACAAGUAUGCAAGAUUGAAUAAAGUGAAGGAUCACGAGUUCGAAGUCUUGGAUCUCUAUCCAUCUUCAAAAGGAAGGAUGGAAACUUUGAUUAAUACGAAAACCUCAGAUCGUAUAGAUCAAUCUUCCAUUUCAAUUGUCUUGAAUCACAAAUCAUUACUCAAAUUGGUAAGAACAUUGAAUACCAAGAAUAGCAUCAUGAAGAAAUAUCUUAAAAAUAUCUCCUUAGAUGUAUUCGACUCUGCACCUUGUGAUUGGAUUAAUCCUAAAGACAGUAAAGAAGUUAAAGAGAGAAUUGAUACCUUGGUAAAACAUAAUCAUAAAGACAAAGAGAUUCAAGUUUUGCAGACCGAGUUAGCGAUGGCAAAAUCUGCAUUGGUUCACAUAAACGAGUUUGAUCAUGUUAAGGACAGGAGAAAGCAAGAGGAAUAUCAAGGGAAAAAGUGCCAUAAUUCUACUGAAAAACAGCACUACUUUGAGGUCGAGGACUUAUUUGGGCCUGGCCUUGGGCCCCAGCUUGUAUUUGCAAAGCAAAACUAUACAUCAGAUUUGGAUCUUUUUAAUAAGAUACUUGAGUGUUUCAUAAAUGGCUCAAGAAACAACAAAGUGAAGAAGAUGAAUGAAAAUAAUAUCGAAGAUCUUGGUAUUUUCUCUAUGCUCAAUCCACCCGAACCCAGACCCAGAGUUGCACCAUCAGGAACAUUUGCUGAAUUAGUUUCAAGAUUUCCAAUAUGGGACGAUAAAUAUCAUAAAUUGGACAUAUCAAUUGGAGAUACGAGUUAUUUGAAAAACAAGGGGGAACUAGCAGAAUAUGUUGAUGAAAUCAUUAACUCUUUUUUGGGGUGUAUUAACACUAGUUGUUCAAUAAUGAUUGUAGGUAUCCAAACAGAAAAUUUAAAUGAUCCAAUUAAUUUCUGUUCCAGAAAUUAUACUGUAUAUCUUGGCCCAGAGUUAAUCACAAUCAAUACAAAUACCUGA